AUUAAAACAAAAACAGCUUCUUCCUCUCCUUGAAGCAAAAUAUAUUUUUAUCAUUCAUCUAUGCAUGCCUUGAAAAAAACCUUGGUUCAGUCAGUUUGGGUUCCAGUUUCGGUGGUUCCGCGUCGGUAUUCCAAUGAUUGGUCGAUAACAUAUUAUUUUUUCAAUACUCACAUAAAUUCGAGCAUUCCACAAUAAUUAUUCCAAUACCCAGCAGUUGUUUUGUUAUCAGUCCUGGGCCGGUUAUUAAAUUAAUAAUAAAACUACAUCUCUAAUGGUAUGUACGUGAUAAGAAAUUGGCAUUAAUUAAUUGUGCCCGAAACUGUUACUGUACCUACACCUACACCACAACCUGUUUUGUUUAUAUUUACUCCCAGAUAAAAAUUAUCAAUGCCUGCUACUUUGGUACUACUGUUUUCCCAGUAAUUAAGCUUAAAUAGUAGCUCUUUAUUUUAGCAUUAAUUGCUAACAUCAAGAUUAGAUAAAACAUUUAAAAAACCGCCAAGUAGGUAUAAGUCUGGGUACUUACAUUUUUAUCUUGGCAUGACCUAGAUUUCAUAAGAUUGACUAGUUCAUCAUUAAAGAAAUACAAAGUCUAAAGAAUAAAUAUUUGCAAAAAGCAGAUUGCUAAUUUUUAUUAGGUAAUUUUCAAUACCUACUACUAUAGUUUCAAAUUUCAAAAUUCAAUGGAACCUCAAAAAUUUAAUGACUAUCGAACGAUCUUGUGUGCCAAUGCAAGUCUGGAGUACCACAAUUAGGGAAAGUGACUUGGGAAAAAACGAUAAAGCUACCGAAAAUACUUCAUACAUUCGAAGACAUAACAAGCGUAAGAAAAUGUCAAUGUCCGACGACAUAUACCACACACCCCGCUACCUAUCAUGGAGAAAAAUGCAUUUGUCCAAGGCCAAGUUAAAAGCCUCCAGCAAAACCUCGGCUCUUCUUUCUGGAUUUGCCAUGGUAGCCAUGGUGGAGCUACAGCUCAACAACGAGUCAUCCAUUCCAUCUACAAUUUUAGUAGUGUUUGCAGUGAUUACUACUUUAUUGGUAGCAGUGCAUAUGCUAGCCCUAAUGAUAAGUACCUGUAUACUUCCGAAUAUAGAGACUGUAUGUAGUUUGGACUCUAUAAGUUGUGUUGAUGAAUCUCCUCAUGAAAGACUUCAUUGGUAUAUAGAAAUAGCUUGGGGGUUUUCAACACUUCUAGGUCUAAUAUUAUUCCUAGCCGAAAUAGCCAUAAUUUGUUGGCUUAAAUUUUACAAUGUUAAUACCACAGCUGCUUGGUCAGCUUGUGUAGUAUUAGUACCUGUCCUAUUUGUAUUUUUAGCGUUCGCUAUACAUUUUUAUAGAUCUUUAGUAGCCCAUAAAUACGAAAUUAGUAUGAAAGAAUUAAAGAAAAUGAACGAACAAAUUGGAGAUGUGUCAGGUCAUAGAUUUUUCAAAGGCGAUUCGGUCGCCAAUAGUAUUCAAGUUGUUUAAAAUAAUUGUUUUGAUGAAAUCAAAACAAAUUUGGCUGUGUUAAAGUACUUUUUUGACAAAUAUAAUCUUUUAUUUCCCUACAUUUCAAUAUCUACUAUCAAAGAUGUAGACAUUCUUAUUAUUAGCAAAGUUCAGGGCCCGUUUUAAAUAUAUUAGUUUUUGACAUUAACAAUGACUAAUAUUAUUUUUAAUUUGAAAAUUUUGUUUUGCCGAAUUUCUUCCACAUUAAGUUGAUUUAAAAAGCUUUUAGACUAAUUUAAGAACAAUGAUAUAAUUCAAAUUCUGGUAGAUUUUGAUGAAAUUUUAAUGGUCAGGCGUCAUAGGCGACUACUUUGGUUUUAAGCAUACAUAAGGUAGUUAGGAAUGAUACAUGGUCAAAUUCCACAGAUGCUGGAAUUUUUAGAUGGUUUCUCAUUGGCCAUACAGAUGUGAAGGAUAAUAAGUAAAGAGUACCUACAUGCAAUUUAUAUUACACACAUUUUCAGUGGAGUUUGUUCAAUUGCUUUAUCCUAGCAAUAUAAAAAUAAAAUGUCAUGAUAAAAUUUUUAUGGUGAUGGAAAAAAAAUCGUUAAGAGUUAUGCUUGUUACAUUAUGGCAUAACUUUGUUUUUUUAUUUGUAUUUUUUCUGUAUCGGACUAUUUAAUUUUGAAAAGGAAAAAUAGAGAAGAAAUAAUGGGUUCAGGACUUCAGGGUUCAGGAAAUAAAAUUCCAUUUUUUAAAAAAAAAUACGCCGACGUUUCGACCAUAUAUUUGGUCUUCUUCACAGGCUAUUUUUACCAGCAAGGGCGUUUCCCAUCAAACAAAGUGUAGAAAAACUAAUUUCUCUUUGAACAUUAAAUAAUACAUUCGUUCUUGCAUGAUAUUAAACUGAUUAAUGAUACGAAUUCUUCACACCCCGUGGAUUCUAAGCCGGAAUUCACGGCCUAUCUACAAUCAAAUUCUCCGUAUCUUUAGAAUACACGGGCCGCAACAAGACAAUACAAACAAAACAUGACUGACGUCUACUGUCAGAUCACGAAACUUUCGUUUUAAAAAAAUUAGACUUUUGAUGAUUGUUAUUUCUUACAAAAACUAAUGAUUUUCUUUCAAAAAGUUUCAAGAGAAAGUAUAGCCUUCUACUAGCAAAUAAUGACUAUUAUUCACUCGAAUGGUUCCAACACUCGCCUUCGGCUCGUGUUUGAAUUUUCAUUCUCGUAAAUAAUAGCCAUCAUUAUAUGCUCAUUGAAGAAUAUACUAUUAGUCGCUGCUGUGUUUGUCAACUUACUUGUUGCGUUUAUAAUAAUUAAAAAGUAAAAACUGAAAUAAAAAUAAAUAUUCAAGUGUUAGAAUUGAUCGAGGAACUGAUUUUGUUUGUCCCUUUGUGUUUUGGAAUGCUUACAACACUAUUUUUUGACAGGAAACGCCCUUGCUAGUAAAAAUAGCCUUUGAAGAAGACUAAAUAUAUGGUUGAAACUGAAACUUCGGCAUCCUUUUUUUAAAAAGUCCUAAACCCAUUAUAUCUACUUUAUCUUAAAUACUAAGCACGUUAUCUGUAUAAUGUCGAAAAAGGAAAAAGUGUUUUUAUUUGUGCGCAUUGAAAAAAAAAAAACAUAUAUGACUUGAUUAGUCUAAUAAAAUAUCAUUAAAGUUUGCCUGAAUUAUCAGAAACAAAACACUCACAAAAUGUACAAGGUGGCCAUUUUUGAUGUUCCAGUGAGCUAUAUCGAAAAUCAGAAAGCUUAUUGAGUCCUAUAUACUUGAAUGUUUUUUAAAUGAUCAUUGUAGGUAGGUGACAAAUUCCUUUUAAUAUUUUUUAUCAAAUUUGAUUUCUUUGUACGGUCUUGACCAAAGUCAAAGAUAAUCCUCCUUCGGAGUAGGAUUAUCUUUGCCAAAGUCUAAUUUCUUCAAAGUUUUCUACACAAAGCAUGAUAUGUAAAUUUGCAUCUUGUUAUGUGAAAUCAAUAACAAGACUUUAAAUUCACUGUGUGAAAUUCUAAUUUAUUAGAAAUUGCCUCACAAAAUUUUUAAAAAAAAUCAAUACACAUACUUCAUCUCAUAACGAAGGUACACUAGAUGAUAAUUAAAAUUUUUGUUUUUUUCCUACAAAACGGAAUAAAUACAUUUUACUAUGACAAAAAUUACUAAACUACAAAAUUACUUACAUUUUUAAUGAUAAUUUUAUCUACUUAUACAUUCAUUUAUGCCAGGUAUCCUGAAGUUCCUACCUGUGCCUUUAGGGCUUGAUUCAGGGAUUUAGGUAUUUGCUAUAGAAAAGCACAAGUUUUGGAAAAUUUUGAAUGCAUUGGGAUCUAUUAGGAGACUAGACUUUGCUUUUUUGUAUAACUUUUAAAAAGGAAUGAAAUAAGUAAUAUAGUACUUAAGUAGGUAGUAGUAAGGUAUUAAUGAAAAAUCUCAUGGACUGUGAUUACUUAUAAACCCUGGCAAUGUACUUUCAUUUGUGUAUUUUAUGGAAAAAUAAAUUCUAUUUUAUUUCUAAUAAUUUAUUUUGUUUACUGUUGCGCUUCUUUACAGGAAAGUAUGGUGAUUCUGGUAUUUACGUAAGAGAAAAGACGGCAUUGUAACAACAUAAUUUUAAUUUUAGUUCAAGUUCAAAUAUCGAUAGUACCAUUAAAAUAUAAUAGGAUUGUCAUAUAAAUAUGGUUUUAAGUACCUACCUAUACAUAUAAAUGGAAAUGUGACAAGGUAAAAGUGGUUUAGUCUUGGAAACAUUUUCUAAACAGUAAUAAAACUACCUAACUACUAGUCACUUAUGAGAAAAAUAAAUAUAUGCCACAUUUUGGAUCUGGUUUUGUUAAUUGCGUUAAAUUAUUCACCAAUAAAAUUAUGUUUAUUAGACUGUGGUCCGAAUAUAACCACCGUUGUGGUUUCGCGGUCCGAAAGAAAUCAAAUUACUCUGGUUCCUAGAAAGUUGGUUACUUUUGGACCUCGGUGUCCUGAAAUCUGAUUAACCAAAUGUCAACAUAGUUAUCGGAUGUCGGUUCUGUUGGUUUUAUCUGUAAUUUCUGUCAAUUAUUUUUUAUUUCAUAUUCGCGUUCUCGAAGUACAUAACCCGAAUUUUCAGUAACCAUCUGUCAACUCAUUCGGUUACUUUGGUUAACGUUGGGUUAUAUUCGGGCCAUAGCCUUAGUGAAAACACAGUAAAUUCAUGCUAGACUAUUUACUCUUCCAGUGAAUGUGAUAAAAUUAAAGUAGGUUCAGUAGGAAGAAUUUUAUGAGCAAUAAAAUAUUUACCUACUAGUUACAUCCAAUCGAAAGAGCGGGUUUAAAUUAAUCAAAAAAAUCUAACAUCAUCUUCAAAUGACCAUUUUAAACAGAAUAUAGAAAAACUAUCUAUCCCCUUUUCGACCUGGUUUGGUUUGUUACUAUUCACACCAAUUUAAGUAACCUCAGAAAGUAGUAAAAAGAAUGUCAUAGAAUUGAACAAAAAAAAUUUGCAAUAGCAACUAAUUCUACCAGUGAUUAAAAUUAACUCCGUUGAUAAACUGAGCCUUUGAAGAGUUCCUACUACACCAAUAAUUAUUUUCCUACAAUAAAAGUUUUAAUUUAACCUAAUAACUAAUUUUUUCAAAAUCUUUAAAAAAAUUAUUAUAAUCACUCAUUAAUUACUCUCUGUUCGAACAUAUCUCAAAUAUAUUUCAUAAAUCACUCAAUUUUGUCUAUAUUCUACUUCUAAGCCAACAAUUAACCAUUGUAAUUUAAAUCAGUCAAAAUUCAAUAAAAAAAGUCAACAAUUAAAAAUAUUUUCUUAACUCCUCUUAAGGAGUCCUGGGUGUUCCUCAGAAAUCUAUGUCUGGAAAAAACUGCUGCUGAGCUACAGAUGACAAUUCCAUGUCGAUUGGUUUGGUAUCGUCGUAGAGAGAGGGCGCCUCGCAAAGAAUUGACACUGUACCGACCAAUGAGGUGAUAAUGAAGAUCCAGAGGAACAUCCGAUCGAGUACCAUCGCGACGAAACCCCAGUCUUG